AUGGCUUUAGUGUACAGAAUGAUGAUGCAGUUAGCCGGCAUUUUAUUUUGUUUGUUGGGAUGGGUGUUAUCCUGCCUAACCACCUAUUUACCUCAAUGGAAAAACCUCAACUUAGAAUUGAAUGAAUUGGAGAUCUGGACAAUGGGACUCUGGCAAGCCUGCGUGGUUCAAGAAGAAGGGGGUAUGCAAUGCAAGGAAUUUGAUUCUUUUUUGGCUUUGCCCCCUGAACUCAAAAUAUCUAGGAUUCUGAUGUUUGUAUCAAAUGGAUUAGGACUUUCGGGCCUCUUGCUCUCAGGUUUCGGAUUGGACUGCUUGAAGAUUGGUGAACAACAACAGGAUCUAAAGAAGAGACUACUGCUGUUGGGAGGAAUACUCUUCUGGAUAUCAGGAGUUACAGCCAUCAUUCCAGUUUCUUGGGUUGCCCACACUACUGUGCAGGAGUUUUGGGAUGAGAAUAUUCCAGACAUCGUUCCCAGGUGGGACUUUGGGGAAGCUCUAUUUGUAGGCUGGUUUUCAGGAUUCUGUCUUAUCUUGGGAGGCUCACUACUGAAUUGUACAGUCUGUUCAAUGGACGUUCAUUCAUCUUUGGUUCAUUACACAGUGACAGAAGCGCAAGAUACCUGUCAACACUUGGAAAGUGACAAUAGACCCAAAAGCCUACAAGUCUGA